AUGGAGAACUUUGAAAUUGCAGUUGAGGUAUGUGUUUGGCAAGAUGAGCGUGAGAAGCUGUUUCUUUUGGAGCAUCUUUUGCCUUCAAAAGCUUGGGAAGAAGAAUGUGCACAGAGGUUGAUACAAAGGCCAGGGGUCUAUGUUUGCAAUACUGACUUGUGUCAGUACGGCAUGAAAGUGAGAGAGCUGCCCAACAAGAAGGCGACCCGCUGGAUCACAAACUCCCAGCACGUGGCUAUGGAGUUGCAGAGGAGAUGCAAUGGAGAACACGUUCAUGAGCAUCUGAUGGGAGGUUUAGCCAAGUUUGCGGCGAUCUACCCAAAGGAGCUAUGCCAAGCGAUCGUUCGCGGUCUUCUACGUCAUCUGCGAGCUACCAACAGAUUGAAGGCAGUUCAACUGCCGGAAGAAAGGCAGGCAGUUUUCCUUGGAGAAGAUGAGAUGGAAAAGCAAGGUGUUGGAGAUGAGGCAGAGGAAGAAGAAGACAUAGAAGAGCAGAUUGAUCGGGAGGUGGAAAAGAGCGGAGGAGGUCAACAGCAGCCUGAGGUUCAAACAUCAACUGUAAUUAGCAAAGAAGAUCAGGCGAUGAUCAACAAGCUUCACAUCAAUCUUGGACAUCCUGCCCUUGCCAGCUUUCUGCGCUUUUUGAGGGCAGGGAGAAUUCGACCAGAAAUUCUUCAAUGGGUUCGCAAACAUUUCUCGUGCGAAACAUGCAAGGCAUCAGUAUUGCCUAAAGCCCCAAGACCUGCGUUGGUGCCAAAGAGCUAUGCGCCUGGAGUUGCAGUUGGAUUGGACUUGUUUUUCAUUCCUGAUCUGCUGAAUCAGAAGUCCAUCCUAAUUCUCAAUGUGGUUGACUUGGGUUUUGCUGAGCUUUGCGCAAAUGCUGGAACAGUGGUGGUGAGAACCGCAGCUCGUGCGCCGUGGCAAAACGGGCGAGUGGAACGACAUGGAGGGCUCAUCAAAUCAAUGAUUGAAAGGAGUAGAGAGGAGAUGCCCCCGGAAGAUCUCAGAGAUUUGGCACAAAUCCUCUAUGCGUGCGAAUGUGCCAAGAACAGAUUUUCAAACAGGAGCGGUUUCAGUCCAGUGCAGCAUCAGAUAGGUCAAUGGCCGAGGAUGCCCAGCAGUUUGAUGAGUGAUGAAGCUUUGGAUCCAGUGCUACAAGUUCAAGGGCAUGUUUUGGCGAUGGAGGGAUCCAUUGUUUGGAUCAACAUGUUUGGGGAGUUUUGGAGAGCCGCCGCUGAACAAGUAAGAGGAGCAACCAAUAUGGAGCAGCUUGGUGCGGAGAUUAUCAACGAAGAAUGUGAGGAAAUGCAAGAGCGGCUAAAGAGGAGCUCACAUCGAGCUGGCUACCAUGAUAUCACGGGAGAGUCGAUGCCAGACAUGGAGGAUGAGGUUUAUGCAGACGAUGAAGUAGCCGCAGAAGGUGAAGCAAGAGGUCAUCUUAGAGCGAGGAUGGAAGCUGCAGAAGUUGCAGGAGCAGUCGAUGAAUCCUAUUUACUCUCGGUUGCCGGUGAGGAGCUUCCGGUCGCUGAAGGUGAACUGGGAGAAGGAGGACCUCCAAUUCCGGAGGAACUUGUUGAGGAGCCAGCCUCGACAGGACCAGCUCCGACUGAGGUAGAACCAGAAUUGGAGCUACUUCCUGACCCAGUGCAAGAGGAAAUGAUGAUGAGGUCGGUAGAGCAGAACGAAAUUUUAGAUGGAAUGCAGCCUUUAGAUUAUGAAGCCCUGAGAAACCAAGUUCGAGCGGGCUGGAGGAGGCGAGGCGAGACACCUUAUUUCAAUGAGGUUGAGGUGUUCUUUGAAGCAGAGCCAGGAGCUAUAAGCCUGGAGACCAGUCAGACCCUGCAGUAUCGUCAGAGCUCCUUGGACCCGUGCACUUAUUUGCUUCACGUGGAUGGGACGUUGUAUGGAAUAAUUGCAGUAGAAGUGGAUGACUUGCUUAUGUUUGACGACAGCGUUCAUGAUGAGCGAAUGAAACAAUUACAAGAGAGAUUCACCUUUGGCAAGUUAGAGGUGUUGAACGAGAAGGGUGUAAGCUUCAAUGGUAGGCGUUUAAAACAAGUUGGAAAGGAGAUGAGAAUCGACAUGAAAGCCUUUAUUGAAGAAAGGUUGCAGCUAGUGAGAUUGGACCCAGCCAGAGCAAAACUUAAACAAAAGGAGAUCAAUGAGGAAGAGCGCACCAUGGUUAGAAGUACUUGUGGAGCGCUGAACUGGGCAGGAAGGGAAGGCCGACCCGAUGCUUCGUCGGCGGCAUCCAUGUUUAGUUUUCUUAUUUCUCAGAUAAAGAUUUCGGACGUGUUCGAAUUGAACAAGGUAGUGAGCCAGCUUCAGGCCGAUUCAGAGCUCUCUUUGAGAAUUCAGCCUAUCAUAGAGGAGAAUAUGAAGUGGGGAAUUUUCAGCGAUGCUUUAUGGGCGAAUGCUCGAAAUGGCAAGAUACGGGCAGGACACAUGCUGGUGAUAUUUAAGAAAAGCAUGUUGGAAGGAAAACCAGCCACAAUGAACCUUCUUCACUGGAAGUCUGGAAAAUUGCAAAGAACGGUGAAUAGUAUUUUAGUGGCAGAAACCCAGUCUUUAGCACGUGGAGUUGGAGACUUGCUGUGGAUGAUGGUGAUGUAUUUAGAGAUUGUCAAUCCCGAAUUUGAACAUCGCGAUUGGAGGAAAUUUGUAGGUUAUGAAGGGUAUACUGCAUUUACAAAGUAUGAAGAACCAGAGGCAUUGACUCAAGCAGUAGCCAUUAUAGACGCCAAAUCACUUUUCGACUUACUCAUCCAUGAGACCACAGGAGGGAGUGACAGAAGAAAUGCACUGGAUGUUCAGGUCUUGCGUGAAGAGCUGAGCGAAUUAUUUGGGCGGAUUCGUUGGAUCGAGCAUCUGGCGAUGCCAGCUGACUGCUUAACGAAGCGUGGUGGCCGCAGCGAGGCGUUGAGAGAGCUUUUGAGAGCCGGGCGUUUUGGUAUUACUGAGGAGUCAUAG